GGCAGUCAGUUCAGCCACUUCCUCUCAUCGCGGAAAUAUAAGAGUGAAGCAACCAGAAGCAACCAGGUGACAAAGACAGAAAGAAAAAAGUGUGUUUACACCAGAAAGAGAGACGAGGAAGGAGCGUCAUGGCAGCCUUUUCUGAUGAGACUUUUUUCAGGGACCCGGUCAUCUGCUACUUCCUGGACUCGAUACUGAUUGUUUACUGCAUCGUUGCCACGGCGCUCUUCUUCAGGGAAAAGUUUUCCCACAUUCGAGAGCCUGAAGAUAACGAUUGCAUUUAUCAGGAGCUUCAGACACUGAAGGAUGCUGAUAUUUACCACGAGAUUAAACCAUCAAAAGGAAAAAAAAAAGCUGCCAAGAAAAAGAAAUCAAGGUCGGCCCAAGUUGAGGAGAGUGAUCCAGAUCCCUUCGAGUCCCCGAUCCCCGGUGGAUCCGGUCCACCUCCCCUGCCUCCAAUUCCAUGAUCCAGCAUUGCUGCUUUAAUCUGGAACAUUUGGCUGAAUAAGUGAUCCGAAUAGGGCAAGUAUGUUGACGACCAAGUAUUUACUUUGGAUAUAACGGGCCUUUUUUUCCAAUGUUUUAUAACAUUUUAUAAAUCUAAAAUAUAAUUAGUUUGCUCCUUCUGCCAGACUGUAAACUCUUGCUAAUGCUAAUGUUUUUUUUAGUUAUAAAUCAAAAUGUGUCCCUCACAAUUGCACAAUAGCGUGGCUAAGAGGUGUGUCUUUUGGUAAAUUAUCACAACCACCGGUAUGCUUCACUUCUGUAACCGGAUGCCAAUAAAAGUCAAAGCAAGUGUCAAAA